GUUGUAUUUUACACUCGAGCACACAGAAGCGCUUCGCAUCCUAUAGGAGUGUGUGUGUGUGUGUGUGUGUGUGUGUGUGUGUGUGUGUGUGUGUGUGCGCGUGCGUGCGUGCGUGCAGUCUCAUUGAUGAACGCGCCACGCUGGUCCGAACCGGGGAACCGACGACAUGUCCUCGCUCCACAUCAGAGGGAUUCUUCUCACUAUGUAUUUGUCUUCAACUGCUUUGUCCAGCCUGCAUCCUGAGUGCGAGAUUGUUUUCCAGCUGGAGAGGGAGGAGCGUCGCUGCCUUCAGCACAUCGCAGAGCAGGGCAACACAAGCACAGAAGGUUGUCGGCCCUUCUGGGACGCGGUGGCCUGCUGGCCUCAGGCAGCCGUCGGGGAAACGGUCCAAAGGGCUUGUCCGGACGUCUUCUCCCUCUUCAAAAACAACACAGGUUCAGUGAGCCGUAACUGCAGCAGAGGAGGUUGGUCCGGACCUUGGCCGCCGUACCACAUCGCCUGCAGUGUGGAUGAUGACAUGCCAGAGACGCAGCGGUCCUACUUUGCCACAGUGAAGCUGAUAUACACCGUCGGCUACAGCGUCUCUCUGGUGGUGCUGGCUGUUGCUGUGAUGAUCCUGUUGCUCUUCAGGAGGCUGCGCUGCGCCAGGAACUCCAUCCACAUCCAGCUGUUUGUCACGUUCAUCCUGAAGGCCGCAGCCGUGUUCAUAAAGGAUGCCACGCUGUUCUCAAGCGACGACACCAACCACUGCACCCUUUCCACGUUUGCCUGUAAGGCCUCUGUGGUCUUCUGCCACUACUGUGUUAUGUCCAAUUUUUUCUGGCUCCUGGUGGAGGCGCUUUACCUCAAUUCCUUGCUGCUGUCGUCCUUUUAUCACAGUCGUCGAUGCCUCUGGGGCUUCUGCCUGCUGGGAUGGGGGGUACCUGUGCUCUUCAUCAUCCUGUGGAUUGGUUCCAGGAUGUAUUUUGAGGACACAGAAUGUUGGGACAUUAACGAGGACUCCCCCUAUUGGUGGAUCAUCAAGGGACCAAUCGUUGUCUCCAUUGCGGUCAAUUUUAUUCUCUUCAUGAACAUCAUCCGAAUCCUGAUACAGAAGCUCAACCCUCGGCUGAUCCACUUCAACAACUCCUCUCAGUACCGACGCCUGACAAAAUCCACUCUCCUCCUCAUCCCUCUAUUUGGUACUCAUUACAUGGUCUUCAAUUUUCUGCCUGAUUACUUCAAUGUUAACCUUCGCCUCUGCGUCGAGCUGUGCGUUGGAUCCUUCCAGGGGCUGCUUGUGGCGAUUCUCUAUUGCUUCCUCAAUCAAGAGGUCCAGAAAGAGGUCCACAAGCAGUGGCUGAGGUGGCAGGAGCGGAGCUAUGCUGUGGUGUCGCCGGCUGCAAAAUGCAGCCAGAUGGACACGCCGUUCUAGUGGAGGGCCUCCACCCUCAUCCACCCUCAUCCACCCGCAUCCUCUCUUCUGCUGACCGGACGAACAGAGGGACCGGCGCGAUAGCUCCCCAAUGAUGAAUGAUUCAGAAACCUCAUUAACAUUUCUCUUAAUAGAGAUCCUGCAAAUUUCAUAUGCAUUUCCCACAAGAUACAUUUUAGAAAGAUCAGCUCUAGGAUUUUCUUGGAGACCUCACUAGUCAAAAUAAAUUAGGAAGGCCUAUUUUGCUGAGAUGGGAAUUAAGCCUAAACACACAGACGUGCUCACACAAAGCUGCACAGCCUGCCGCCGAGUGACAUAGAACAUUAUUCAUCACUAGCUGAAAGCUCGCAGGACAAUUAAAAAGGUUUAUCAUUGAUGCCUCGCCUAUUAUUCACUGAAAUAACAUUGUAGUGCAUAACUGAAAUAAUAUGAUUCAUAUCAUCUCAGGCACUGCACCGAUGGAUUUCAAUGGCCUUUCUACAUUAAAUGUUACGUCGUAUUCACGUUUGUUUAUUUGUUAUUUUAGAGUGAGGCCAUGUCACGUGGACAAGAGAUCUCCGCUGCCACCUGCAAAGCAGGAAAGGAAUAUAGUAUCUAUGUCUUCAAUGUAAAUAUAUGUGACGCCAAACUAUUCAACAGUUAUAUGACUGAUGACACAUCCACAUCCACACAGGCCAUUGCCAUGACCUUCGUGUUGGAUCUUUUUUUGUGAAAAUUUGGAUUUGUUUGUAUUAUUUAUUUUAGUUGAGCUUCUUCUGGAAGCAAAAUGUUUCAUCACUGCCCACUUUGAUUAUUUUAUGUAUAGAAAACUUUGACCUGAAACUGAAUGUAUAAAGUCACUGUUGUGUCAUGUUGUUGCGUUUGGGGGAUGCUGCUUUUCUUGUGUUUCUGUGAUGUUUUUAUCGUCUCGUAAAAAAAGAGUUAAAGCAUCCAAAUGUUCCCUCAGCUCCGCCGUGGCGCUGCAACUUUCAUGUUUCACAAAAUGAAGAUCCCAUCCACUGCCGGCUCAUGUUUAUUCUGCGAUGAAGCCAUUAAAGUCAUUGUGACUGCGUGGAAAAUAUCUCGAACAAUGCUAAAGUUUUAUAGUUUAUAUAUAGGCCACAUGUUAUUGAUACGCUUAUUUAGAUAGAUGUUAAACGUGGUGGGUGCAUGAAACCUUGUGGUGGAAGGGAAAGACGCAUGAAAGCCCAGUAGAUCCUUUACAGAGUAAACAAAAUGUAAAAAAAGGUCUAUAUUGUGCAUUAUAAAUGCAUUUGUUUCACACUUGGUUUUUGUUUGCUUUAUUUUCAAUGACGCCCCCGUUUAGUGUUCAGUGUUCCUCUCACGUUCCCACAAAGUCAAAAUAAAGGCCACAACAAUCAAUUUAUUGACUCACUCC